UUCUUAUCGUCCAUGUUGAGCUAAAAGUGUAUUGUUUAUAUUUGCCUGUGCACCCAAACGGGAAAAAUGGGGUUCUAGCCGCCCAAAGUUUCGCACACGCAAGUGUGCCACACCAGUUAUCAAACAUGUUCGCCGCCAUGGCCGCCCUUCAACUAGCCCUUCCGGCCCGCCCUUCAGCAUCACCCUACGCAAAAAAUCUUUCCUCUUCUCUCCCCUCGUCAUCGAUCAGAGCUCAGCGUCUCAGCAAUGAGCUCAGUGCCGAUCAUGUGGAAGGAGGAGCCCGCCUCGCCGCUCUCCUGCGAUGAGGCGUCGCUCUUCGACGUCGCGACGCUCUACCAGGCGACGUCCUUCGAGCACUACGACGUCAAGUUCGAUGUGGACUUGUCGGCGUGCGAAACGAAAGCGGAGAUCGCCUCGCAGAUCUUGGACAACUUGGAGAAUUUGAUGGACCUCGAUGACCUCAUCAAAGAUGAACCCUUCCUGCUCGACGACAAAAUCCUGCCGACCAUCUUGGACGAUGUGCCACCACCACGUGCCAUCCCAGUGCCCUCCCUCAAGGCCGAAUACGCCCCUCAACAGGACACCCAGUACCUCCUCGGCGAAUUCGACACCAUAUACCACGUGACCGACCUCAACCCCGGCACCCUGACACCCCCGCAGAGCCCUCCUAGCCACCAGCCCAUGCUGACCACCCUGCAGCCGCUACUGACGUUCGACAAGCCGGAAACCUACCCCUACAUGGUGGAGUUUAACUACCCCCCUGCACCGGCGGUCACCCCCCAGCCUGACAUCGCUCAUGAGCUCGCUGUGGUGGAGGAAUUGGUGAGGACUAGGGUGGAGGAUAUGCAGUGGAGUACCAGUCCAGGGUCGCCAGAGAGCAGCAGCAGCAGCAGCAACUUUGAUGAUUCUUCUUCUGAGGACCCGGAGUGGGUGCCGGAGCCGGUUGACAACUUGAACGGUGAAGAAUGCGCUCCGAGGAAGAGGUCUAAGGGUAGCAAAGGGAAGCCCGAGGAGAAGAAAGUUAGAAAGAAAGAGCAGAACAAGAAUGCAGCUACCAGGUACAGGAUGAAGAAGAAGGCUGAGGUGGAGGUGAUUUUGCACGAGGAGAAAGAGAUGUUGAGCGCCAAUACGAAGCUUUCUGAUAAGGUCACCGAUUUGGAGAGGGAGAUCAAGUACUUGAAGGGGUUGAUGCGGGAUCUGUUCAAGGCCAAAGGGCUCAUCAAUUGAUUCAUAUAUCCAUAUAUUCGUAGGUGCUUUCGUUUUGAUUGUUAAAGAGCGUUUUCUGGUGGAGUAGUCGCGUAAGGAAAGAUUUUUUUACUUAUUCUGUAGGUUAGGUUACAGUUGGAGAUUGUAUACUAGGAUCUUCAUUGUUGGUCCCAGUGUAUGAUUAGCAACUGAUUUGUUUCUUUUCUUCUCUUUUUUCAUUAAAUCUUAUAUCCCUAUCAUGUAAUUCUAACAUAUGCUUUAUAAUUGAUUUACUAACUAAUAAAGGUUGAGUUUAGAUGGGAUCUGUAGUAUCAUUGAGGCGAAGAUAAAAUGAAAGGUUCAAUGAUGAUUUGUGGAACCUUAUUUUGAAAAAGAAGGCAACAAACUUCGGAGAAUAAAAGGGUACUUGACAUAUUUUUCUAUGGCUACAUCAGAAAACUGCUUUCCUAACUAAAAUGCAAGAAUUUGCCACAAAAAGGGUGCAGUGGAGCAGCAACAGCAGCAACUUGAUUCUUCUUCUG